UUGCCGUGGCAGCGCCGGCCCCAGGGAGGGCGGCGGCUCUGGGCCGGGACCACGGCGGGCUGAGGCGGCUACGCUGCCACCCGAGAGCCCGCGCCCCGGCCUGAGGCGGCACCGGGCAGGCCUGAGUGGCGGGGUGCUCCACCCGGCCGGCGGGGAUGCGGGACCGGCUGCCGGACCUGACGGCGUGUAGGAAAGAUGAUGACGGAGACACGACUGUUGUUGUUGAAAGGGACCAUUUUAUGGAUGAUUUCUUCCAUCAGGUGGAGGAGAUCAGAAACGCUAUAGCAAAAAUAGCGCAGUGUGUGGAAGACGUCAAGAAGGACCACAGUAUCAUUCUCUCUGCUCCAAACCCAGAAGGAAAAAUAAAAGAAGAACUUGAAGACCUGAACAAAGAAAUCAAGAAAACUGCUAACAGAAUUCGAGCCAAGUUAAAGUCCAUUGAGCAGAGUUUUGAUCAGGAUGAGAAUGGGAACCGAACAUCUGUGGAUCUUCGGAUACGAAAAACCCAGCAUUCAGUACUUUCUCGAAAAUUUGUGGAAGUCAUGACAGAAUACAAUGAAGCGCAGACUUUGUUUCGGGAGCGAAGCAAAGGACGCAUACAGCGCCAGUUGGAAAUAACCGGAAGGACCACCACAGAUGACGAGCUGGAAGAGAUGUUGGAGAGUGGGAAGCCAUCCAUCUUCACCUCGGAUAUUAUAUCAGAUUCACAAAUUACUAGACAAGCUCUGAAUGAAAUUGAGUCGCGUCACAAAGACAUCAUGAAGCUGGAGACGAGCAUCCGAGAGCUGCACGAGAUGUUCAUGGACAUGGCCAUGUUUGUUGAGACCCAGGGUGAAAUGAUCAACAACAUAGAGAAGAACGUUAUGAAUGCUGCCGACUAUGUAGAGCACGCUAAAGAAGAAACUAAAAAAGCUAUUAAAUAUCACAGCAAAGCAAGAAGGAAAAAGUGGAUAAUCGCUGCCGUGGCAGUGGCUCUGCUCGCCGUACUCGCUCUAAUUAUUGGCUUAUCAGUUGGCAAAUGAUGGUGUGGAUGAUGCUGGGUGCUUGCCUCCCUGACAGGGCAGCAAAAAUGAUGUUUAUUCUUAUUUGUGUAAUUGUCUUGCUUGUGAUCCUGGGAAUUAUCCUAGCAACAGCACUGUCAUAGCAACCACAGCCCAGGAGCUCUUCACCCUUGGAGACUGAGCGUGUCCGCAGCAAGUCCGCCUCCUCUCUGCUGAGUGAUUCCCAGACCCUGUGUCGCGCUGGGUACUGGCCUUUUCCUGGUGAAGCCAGGGGACAGGCACAGUGGGACGUCGCGUGCUGACACCCGCGCCCGGGGCAUGAUGCAGCCCAGACAGCACACCGCACAGCCCACAGUGCGAGGCUGCUUCAGUGGCCUCGAAACAGGGAUGGUGGAAAAUUAUUCCAGUUCUUACGGUGCUCAGUAAGGAGCACGCACGUCAGGCUGAUUAGGAUCACUCUGUCACGAAGCGUUAGGUGCAGGUCUGAGACUGCCUUCCCCCGCUUCUCCCAGCUAACGUGUAUUAACUAAGAGGCUUUUUGUACCGUGUGUGUUUAUGUCCUGUUUACAGAAAUAAUUUUUAUCAUCACAGAGUUGUUUUGUAAGAUAUCUGUAAUUUUAAAUGCUUAAUAUAUUAACAUCUUCAUUUACCCCAUUUUUAUAUACUAAAUAUUCCCAUGUGAAGGAAAUAGGAAGCGUCAUGAUUUGGGGCCAUCUUUACACAGCUGAGCACUGAGUUGCUGUCACCACAGCAAAUGCUGGCUGCAUGGCCCUCCUGCCUUUCAGGUGCCUUCUUUGAUCUUGACUUAGGGAGUGAAUGUGCCUGCUACCCUCCAGAAAAGUCUGGAUUGUUGUAGUUAACUCAUUUCUACCUGUUCCAAUACUCUAGGUAAUAAAUUGCUAGUUAACUGCAUUGUAAAGACAGUGGUCUCUUCUUUGUUCAUUAAAAGAAAGGUUUGUGCUUCCCUGUCUGCAUCGAUAGUGUCUGAAUGUAAGAUAGAGACGUGACUAAGAUUUAGCCACUCUCCAAACUCAAAGAGAUCAUUCCUAGACGUUGAGAAAUUCUUAUAAAUGUAAGCUGUUGUACAAAUCACUUAAAGUUUUUUUAUUCCCCCUACUGCAAAGCACCAGGGGCACUUUACCACUGAGCAACAUCCCCAGCCCUUUUUAUUUUGAGACAGGGUGUUGCUAAGUUGCUGAGGCAGGUCUUGAACUUGCAGUCCUCCUGCCUCAGCCUCCUGAGUCGCUGGGGUUGCAGGUGUGCAUCACUUUGCCUGGCCUUAAGUGCUCUUAAGUACCUAACAGUCUGUGGACCUCUCCAAGUUAAUUUCCAAAGUUGAUAAGAACCUAUGAUGCUUAAACAUUUUUCUUAUUAAUGUUUUUAGUGAGAUGUCCUAGCUGGUGAAUGGACAGCAAUUGAGGUAGGAGCCAGUCCUGAGCAGGUGAAGGAUGCCCAGCGUGUGGGCAGCUCCCUGCUCCUGUGACAGAUGAGCCCGCGACUGUCCCGUGGUGCUGUUCUGAGCUGAGGCAGAUGAACUGAUUCUGAACAGCGAGUGGGAAUGCCCGGUGGUCGGAGCAUCCGGUCUCACCUACUCACACGCACACGCUGGACGGCGGUCCAGCCCGGGCUCGAGUGCCUUGGGGUUCUGACUCUGCUGCGUGUGCUGGUCUCGGGGUGGCUGCUGCGGCAGACACUCCACUGCGAGGAGGCUGGAGAUGUGCCUGGCCGGGAGGUGCUUCUGCCUGCGGCGUGUGGGCGUCCUGAGCCUGCGUGGCCCCUCUCCCCUCGUGCACCACGCCCCUUGGGCAGCCUCAACCUCCCUCCUCCUGCUGUGGUGGUGUCUCCAGGGGGAGGCUCAGAGGUGGUUCCGGGGAUUGUGUACCUGCUCUCUGAUCUGUACUUUGGAUGUUCAAGUCUUCAAUCAGAGGACACAUUCACAUGCCUAAGCCUCCUGUCCCUAACUGGAAUCAGAGUUUUAAAAAUACAUUCGCAGAUUCACUUUUUAAUCAUUUUUUUGAAUACCUUGUGUUUACAUUUUAAAAGUUCCCAGAAGCAAAAAGAAAUACUCAACCUUCUGUUGUAUCAUUUCUGGAAAGAUUUGGGGAGGUAUUUUGUUGUAUGGCCAUUAAUAAAUUGUUCUACUAACACUGUUACCUGUGGUUAUUAUUGUGCAGAACAAUGUGAACUGAUCACUUUAAGUGUUAUCGGUAAAAACCCUUCAUUGUUAUCAC